AGAAUAUUCACGAAAAGCAGACGACACAUAAAGGGCCUCUGAAUCAGCUGAUAGUAUGGCAAUAAGAAGUCGGCGAUGAAAACGUCAGGAACGUCAAAUUAUUCAGUGUUCGACACGUACCCAAAUCGCGCGUUCGGUCUGAUAAACAAGUCCUAGUUCCAUCGCCCCAUCGGUAUCUGGAAGUAAACAAACAAAGAAAGUUUCAAGGAAACCACGUACGGAUAAUUAAAUAUAUAAUGCGUCCAGUCCAGAGGCAGCGACAAGGCCUACAGUACGGCAUAGUUUUACUUUGCAUGCAGGCCAUAAAUUUUGGUAUCGACAAGAUACCACCAGCCACUUUAGCCGGCGUAAUAGGACAGACACUUUUGUACAUGGGAGUGAUAAAAGUACCAUGGAACGCUGACCAAGUGUGUAUAUCAUGUGUGAAGAUAUUAAAGUAUCGUAAUUGGCGUGCGUUUAUACUCUCAAACUUCGAGCAUGGAUCGGAUAUGCAUUUGUACUACAACAUGGUGUCGUUUAUCCUGAAAGGAUCGACUCUGGAGAACAAGUAUGGAACAGGGAACUUCGUUAUGCUGUUAUCGUUCUUGUCAGUUGCCUGCAGCUCCAUGUACGUUGCUUUGGGUUACUGCCUGACUCAGGUGACCGGAGACUACGGCUAUUACACGUCUUGUGCCAUCGGAUUCUCCGCUGUUUUGUUCGCGCUUAAGGUAAUCUGCAUAUGCGAGGAACAGGACAGACUGCGCGACGUUGGAGGCUUCAGAGUCCCGAGCAAAUUUGCUGUCUGGGCUGAACUGAUUUUGAUACACCUGUUGGUGCCAAACGCUUCGUUUGUCGGUCACCUUGGAGGAAUACUGGCUGGUUGUUUGUACUGUUACACAAGUGUUGGCGCACUCGUUGAUAGAAUGAUAUGCGGAAUUACUGGUCAUCCUAUUGUACAUGAGGAAGAGUUUUACAGAAGGCGAAGUUAUUUUUAAACACACCUUUUUUUCUUUCCCAAUAACUAAGUUAUUGUUUGGAAAUUCACACACAUGGACUUGAUCUUCGACAUUCUUUUACCCAUGCUUGUCAUCUCCAUUCUUUAACAAAAGUAUCUAAAGGCUGAAUGUAAUUUUAGUUUUAAAAAAGAAAACAGAACAGGAGAACUCCCCUAGUUUGUUCGGUUGUGAAAGAGAAUACUUUUUUACAUUACUAUACAUUUCAACGUGCAUUGUAUUAUAAGUAGUCAACGACGAAACUUGUAUAGUAAUGUAAGAUCCUUGUGCAAAGUUAAAUUAUAUUUAUAUUUAUAUUUAUAUUUCGUACUUUACCUACUUCCAUGUAGAUUGCUGUAUUUUACUACUUAAUUAAUAAACAGAGAACUCUGACAAUAA